AUGGAGAGUUUUGGAUGCCAAGGGAGUAAGAAGGAGCUACAAAGCACGAGAUCAACGCCCAGUGUGACGUUGAGAGGCCACGAACGCAGAGGCGGGUCUGAAGGCGCGCGAAGUUUCUCGCAUUGUAGGCAAAACGACUUGAAAUCAAACGGUGUAUAUGGUAUAAUGCCACAGAAGCAUGGCGGCAACUCCAACGCACCGCUCAUGUUUGUUAACAUCAAUGACAGAAACGAGGUAUUUGCGGUACCGCAGGAAUAUCCUUACAGACACGCUACCGAAAAUCAUGACGACUCGUUUGCUGACAUGGUCUAUCCCCUUUUACCAAAAGCGGUGAAGACUAUGCACAGGACGCUACUCCCUUUAUGCCCGGCAUCGAAUGAGCAAGACCACAGCAGCAUCACACAAAGUCUCGAUUCACAGCUGACCAGACAUGUAGAAAGUGCUAUAGGCAACUCGGUAUCCUAUAUGGAACUACCGGCAAAAUACAAAGAUACUUUAUCCUCACCGGAAGGGGCAAGACACCGACGACACCUAUUGUUUGCUAAACAGUGGAAGAGAAAUGCCAUGAAUGAAUGUCUAUUUAACUACUACCUUACAAGAUUCAAAGGGGACGGAAAUGUGCCGCUCAAGCAGCAUGUCAGAGACAUUAUCGCAGGGGAUGAGUCGGCCAAAAGGUUACUCGAAAAAACACCCAGCAUGAAAGGCGGAAGUAUAAAAAAUGAUACAGCAUGUGCGUUUGAUAGGGACAUGGUUAGGGACUGGAUCAAAGCAGGACCAAACUAUUCAAAAACACUAAGCGACGCCUUAGGAAAGUAUCACGAUUUCCUCCAUAAGAAGCUAAAAGCCAACUCUGAGAUUAAACGAAAGGUGGCAGCCACCUCAAGGUAUUUCUUUGAAAUACUCGCUGAGGCCAAAGAAUGUGAACGCAAAAUGCAUGAACGAGAACUGGUAACCGAGGAAAGGCUAUACGGCAGAAAGGACUUCAUAGCAGAAAUCGAAAAGGAAAACCAAAUGAACCGCAACAGAUGCAAAAGAUUAUACGCAAUGUACCUUCAGUGCCAAAAAAGGUGCUCAGAAUUGGCAAGAAAUGCUCGCGUAAACCCUAAUGAAACACGAGUUGGCGAGCAGCAAGGCGCAGCAUUGUACGCCCAUGAAAUGGUAAACGACCAACAGAGGCCUGGGGCAUCAGGUGACAUAGUUGAGGCUACAGCUGCAAAUAUUGUGGAAGUAGCGCAACCAAACUAUGACAUGCACGAUUGCGUUACCACAGCGGCAGCAGCAGGACCUGCAACUCAAGAACAGGACGACAGUGAUCUGCCCGUAACACAGUCAACUCAGGACGGUUUGGAGAACCGCGAUGCUGAUGAGCCUAGGAUGGGGACGCAGAUGGAAAAUGGUGAGUGCAGCGCGGAUCAGCGCAGCCAUGGCGUCAGGGAAUCCUCUCCGUCUGUUGCGGUGACACCUUCGCGAGAUGACACAUAUGUUCCUCGUGUAACUAAGGAAACUUCGAAUAAUAACCGAAUGGCCUCAUCAAAUUCAUGGGAUCAAGUAGUCUACCUGCAGCAUAGGCCAUUAGAUGCUUCUUCCGGCAUCACACUUAAAAGAAACAGAUCACAGGAUGAAACAAUGACACCAACGCGGAGAAUUCGGGAUUCGCAACCUUCAAGUGCAGCAAACAACAGCCGACAGGUGGCUUCCCCGGUCGCGACACUAGGUGUCAUGCAAGCCGGAUCCACUACGCCAUCAUAUCAAAGGAACACGCAUAGUCCCAGGGGAUCUGAGAUACAACUAUCUAAUAGACUCAGCUCUGUUGGUGGUGUAAACAGGUGGAUAUAUAGCAAAAUGGAGGAAAGAGGUGAACUUGACGGUUACAGGAGCCUUCUCAACGAACUCAACACGCUACUGUUCUCCAAAGGCGGUACAGUCCUGGGAUAUCACACACUACCACAGGCUCUCGACUGGCUAGAUGAGACGGAUGCGAACAGGACAAUUUUACCGCCCAGCCAAGAUACAUUCAGGGACGGCACACUCUACACUACAUGCUCCUUCGCAGAAAUCAAGCUCUUGAAAGUCUUGCAGGGUGGUAUAUGCGCCCUGCGAUCUAGGGUUCGAAGCAGAGAUUUUGAUUGCGCUGUUCUCAGACAGAUAUUAGAUGCCAACAGCGAACUAGUCGAAUUGAAGAAGAAGCUGGACAACGGGAGAUGUGCACUAUACAAAAAACUCAAGAGAGACUGGGCAGAACGUAACUCAAAAUGGGCAGGAUUCCCGCCGCUAAAACGAGGCUACAGGUUGCUUAACAUGUUAGGAAAGGGUGGAUUCGCCGAAGUAUGGGAAGUACUGGAUCCAAUCACACUCACUGUGCAAGCUGCUAAGCUGCACAUCCUAUCUAGUGACAUGAACCAUAUUGAACGCGGAAAUGUAGUAAUGAGGGUCAAAAACGAAAUAGACAUCCACAAAACGUGCAGGACACACAAGAAUAUAGUGAACAUGAAGGCAUGCUUCGAAAUGGGAGAUAACAUGCUCGCUACUAUUCUCGAGCUCUGUGACGACGGGGACCUCGACCACUAUAUAAAGCUACACGCUCCGGUUCCGGAGAAACUCGCCCUCACAUGGACUUAUCAGAUUCUGGAGGGAUUACAUUACAUGAAGACACUGCCAGAAGGCAGGGUACAUCAUUGCGAUUUAAAGCCGGGUAAUAUACUAAAACAUAAAGGAAACAUCAAGCUUGCCGACUUCGGGCUCUCAAAGAUGGUACCUCAUGAGUCAACCAGAGAGCUUUGGGGUGGCGGGGGUACGAUAUGUUACCAGCCUCCGGAAUGCCUUAUCGCCAACGUAAGAAACAAACAAGUCAUCCUUACGGACAAAAUCGACAUAUGGGCUGUUGGAUGCAUACUAUACGAAAUGCUAUACAACAGUAGGCCUUUUGGGUUCGGUGGUGGCAAAAAAUCACUGUCAGAGAGAAUGUACCACGCCAUCCUUGGUGGUGUGAAGUUUCCUGCAAAUGAUGCCGUUUCCGAAGAGUGCAAGGUAAGACAUAAACUCUGCGCAUAA